AUGGAAGACAAAUCCCCAAAGGCAUUGGGUGGAGCUGCACUUAAUCUGAAGAGAAAGCAAUCCACCCAAAGUGUUACACGUAUGACUGAAGUUCCAACAACAACAAAUUUGGUUGUCAAACAAAUGAGAUUAGUUGGAGAUGAUAGCCGACCAACUGGCUCUGGUCCUGGUAUUUCAAAGUUCUUGGUUAAGUAUUUUUUGAACUAUAAGAAAAGUGGGUUGCCAAAACGUUUGAUGUUCUAUAAAAAUGGUGAGUGGUCAGACUAUCCUGAGGAUGUUGUUAACUUGGUUAGGAAAGAUUUUGAAAUCAAGAAGGCAGCUGUGGAGAUAGAAUUUGAUGGUCAAAAUAUUGUUCUAGACUUUUUGCAUAUGUAUAAUGUUAAUUUACAAACAGGUUUGCAACAACCCAUUGCUUGGAUUGAUGAGGCCGAGAGUUGCUUUUUCCCUGAACUUUUUGAUGGUUCCGAUGAUGAACCUUAUAACCAAGACAUAGAAAUAGAUUUAGAUGCUUAUAUUGAACCUGUAUAUGGAAGACAGGAUGUAGAUUCUGUAAGAAAAUUGUUUCUCACGGGAAUGGAUACUUUCGGCAUUAGCGAGGGUGAUAUCGUGGAUGUUUACCGUAGCUCGGGCAUCUCAAUGCAAGCGCGACUAGAGUUAUUCCAGAAGCAAGCUGAUAUCACAAAAGGAAUUCAUGGUGAUGCUAAUGUUCGAUACGGUUGGCUUGCAUGUUCUAAAGAGGAACUGACUACAAUGAUGGAAUAUGGGCUUGGUCACAAUGCACUAUCAUCAUGCAAGUGCAUAUAUGGAUUUGGUGUUCAUCUUGCUACUAUUACCCACCCUUAUGUCUGUGCUCCUUAUUGUGAUGUUGACGAAAAUGGAGUUAGGCACAUGGUCCUUUGUCGUGUAAUAAUGGGGAACAUGGAGCCUCUUCAUCGUGGCAAUAAUAAGAUUCGUCCUAGUGGUUUCAAAUAUGAUAACGGGGUUGAUGACAUUCAACACCCAAAAUACUUUGUGGUUUGGAAUAUGAAUAUGAAAACUCAUAUCUAUCCAGAAUUUGUUGUCAGCUUCAAGGCACCUUUGGACGCAGAAGCUUGUUUAAAAGAGAGUGAGAAAAAUGUUUCUGGGAAUAACUAUUCUACCUUGGAUACUGAAAAGAAGAUUUCACAUGAUGAUUUUGUGAUGAAGCUGCGAUUAAUUGUAGGAGACGAUAUACUGAGAUCUGUAGUAACUAAUCUUCGAGACAAGGGACCAUCAAAUGAUGAUCUAGACGAUGUAACUGAGAAUUUUAAAUAA